CUUGCACCUGCAUUUCUUUCUUUUUGUCUCUUUGGUGUGGAGACAUGACACACAGAGGAGCUGUUGUUCGGUACUCCCAAGACGGUUCCCAAUUUUCUUUUUUUCCCUUUUUUGAACUCUGACUCCAUGACAACAGUGUUCCUGUGAGAAGCCCUGACUUUUGCCCCUCCUGCUCCCCAAACAAUGGCAAGCAGUAAGCACAGGAGGGGAAUGUUGGACGUACACAGAGGAAUGAUAGCAGGGUGUCUGGGAUGGAGGGAGGCUCUGAGGCGAGACCUCCUCUGUCCCAUAGAGAAGGAAGAAUUACGGCCGUGUAGACCCUGAACAUGUCCAGCCUGAAUUCAAGCGCUUGUGUUUACAGUGGCAGACAUUACUUUGUUUUUUACACUAACCCGAAUACUGCAAGUGUUUCCCUUGCAGCCUAUUUUGGCUGAGAUUCCAUUGAGCAAAUUGGAGAGUUACAUUUCAGAAGUUUCUCCCCGCCCGGCGUCAAAGAAUGGCUAUUGUUCACUGGGGGCCUUGCCCCCUUGUAAGAGUUUUAGCAGAAGAAAAACUAAAUGAGUUGAGGGCGGAACGUGAAGUCUUCAAGGCCCGCUCGUUGCGGGGGCAGCAGAAAGACUCCAACUGCCCGCGAUGACUCAAAAAAUGGAAGUAUUGUUUGGCUGAGCUCCCCGUUUGCCCUGGUACAGACAUCUCCACGCUGGUUCUGAUUUGACUCCUUCAAAGCUGAGAGAUGUUUGACAAACAGCCCUAUGAGAGUCCACCUGUGUACACCCCACCAUCCAAUAAUGGCUUUGGAGCAGCGGGCAGCUUCCACGCUCCUCUGAGUGAUUACAACGCUUACCCUCCGGCGCCGGGAUCGUACUACGUCGAGGACAAGCCGCAGCACUUCUACAAAUGGGUGUCUCCUCCGGGGAUCGUGAAGGCCAUGAUGGCUGUGGUCAUCGUGCUGUGUUUGGCCAUCUUCGCCUGCGUGGCCUCCACUCUCAUGUGGGACAUGCAGUACGGGAACGGGAUGGGAAUGGGUUACGGCUACGGAUCCGGUUACGGCGCCGGAUACGGCGGCGGCAGCUACGGCUCAGGAUACGGCAGUUACGGCAACUACCAGGGCUCCUACAUUUCCCCUUACUCGGCCAAAACGGCAAUGAUCGCUAUGGCGGCUAUCAACUUCAUAGGGGCGCUGGGUUUCUUCAUCGCCAGCUUCUCGAAAGCCAGCGCCAUGCGCAGCAGAAAGUACUUUCUGAUCCUUCUGAUUGCCAGUAUCAUCAUGGCUGUGCUGCAGGGCAUCAUAAACAUUGUUUAUAUAGUUGGCGUGAACCCCAUGGCCCAGGGCACAUCCAAUGUGAUUUACAACCCCAUGCUCAUGAUGUGCCAGAGCCUCUACCAGACGGGCUAUUCGCAAAUGGGGGGAGUGGGAGGCUUCCCCAUAUACAACCAGUACCUCUACCAUUACUGCUUUGUGGACCCUCAAGAGGGAGUCGCAAUGGUGUGCGGAUUCCUGAUGGUGAUCGCCCUGGCUGUCGCCGCGUUCUUUGCACACAAAACCAGAGGCAAGAUCUGGCGCUACGGCAAAAACAACAUCUUCUGGAUUGAGCCUCUGGUUGGCGGCAAGGCAUCGGAAGGCAGAGAUGUCGAGGACUGGGUGAACAAUGUGGAGGAAAACCGCAGCGUUCAAGACGCCCCGACCCUUCUGGUGUCCGAGAAAGCAGGUGGUCCGCUCAACGCUUCGGCAAACAGUGUCAUCUCCUACACCCCGGCCAAACUGGACGGCAGCUCUUUCAAUGGGGACGCCUACGACAACAAUGAAUACUCUGAACGGACAAUCUUACGGCCGUCAGAGGCUUUUUCCCACGGUGGGAGAACCAGCUCCAGUCCUUCAGAGGAGACCGGCAGAGGCCGCAAACCCUCGGCUAACCGGGCCAAGCGACGCAGACGUAUCCCCGACAUGGACGAGUCUCAGUACGAGACGGAGUACACCACGGGAGCCGAGACGGGCAACGAGCUGGAUAUGGAAGAGUGGGAGAGCAUGUACCCCGAGAUCACAUCUGAUGAACAACGUCACAGCUAUAAAUCCGAGUUUGACGCUGACCUAAGAGUGUACAAGCGCAUGUGUGCCGACAUGGACGACAUCAACGAUCAGUUUAACAAACUUAGCAGGGAGUUGGACACACUCGAUGACACCUCUGUUAAAUAUCAGGGUGUAGCAGAGGAAUAUAAUCAUCUGAAAGAUUAUAAGAGGACACCAGAGUACCAGUCUAAGAAGAAAGAAUGUCGCAGUCUGAGACACAAAUUGUUCCACAUCAAGCGCAUGGUGAAGAAAUACGACAAGAGCCACUCAUAGACUUGGGCCAUCUUGACAACGCUCCGCAAACACUCCAAAAUGCUUCACUCACUCUCGGCUACGCUUGGACCACAGUUACUGGCUUACUGGGAAAGACACUGACACUGUUCUCUGAAGAACACAGAAGAAGAACACACUUGCACACAGGGAACAUUUUGGAUGUUGUAAUGAUGUCAUUGUAAUCUACAAUAUGAUUUAGAUAUGGUUUUAUCUUCAUUUCAUUUAUGUGAGGCAACAUACCCAAGUAGACAAAUGACUCUUUGGUUGCCCAUGGGUAAUUAGAAAAUACACAACAUUAUUGAGUAGAAUAUGUCACCUUUUAACCUUCAUUAGGGUAAUAAUAUUUGUAAUUUUUUUCUAAUUAAACUCCAUGCUGAAUACCAGCGUCAGUGAGACCAAAAAAAGUGCACCACUUUGACCACUUGUACUGUAAAUAAUUUCAACAUCUGUUUAUUCUCCAUGAAUAGUUUAGUGGUGAUUUGUGUUUUUAUUCUCUGUGGGAGUCAAAGGAACAAUUCUACACUAAUUAAGUAUUUGGUUCUUGAUUUCAUCUUUGUAUUGGAGUCACUUGUUCUUAAAUAAGUAGUCAUUUGAAAUCUUCUCCUGCCAAUUUGUGAAAAGAACAAUGUCUGACUGAUACCUAUGCAAAUAUUUGUAUGAAGUUACUUCAAUGGCAAUGAAAAUGAUUACGUUUGGUAUUGUAUGGAUCAACUUAAUGCAUAAUGUUACAAUCAAUUGUAUAUUUUUUAAA